UCAUGACAGCUGAUUUCCUCAAAUAUUCUCCUAAAUCUACAGAGAGGGAAAUAAUUCCUGUUGAGCAUGGAAACUGUCCCCGCAGACUACAGCAAACGUGUUUAUCAAGGUGUGCGUGUCAAACACACAGUGAAGGACCUGCUGGCUGAAAAGCGCUCAAGGCAGACAAGCAGUUUGCGACGGAAUGGAAGUGUUGUGAGCUCUCAACCAUCGUUUGUUCCACUGUCCAGUUCUCCCACAGCAUCCAGUUAUUAUGGAGUUCGAAGAUCCUUGGUGACAGAUAUGGACUUACACAACAACAAAGAUAUCUCCAGCGAAGUCUACACUUCCUCCUUGCUACCCAAGUCAUUGGCUUAUGAAUCACCAGCAACUCAAGGAUAUUCUUUGUCUCUGGAUGCUCACUUAAUUGAUCAGUAUGUGGACCACCGGGCUGGAUCUAUCCCCUCUGGAGCUUCUGCUGUCCUUGGCAACUCAACAUCAUCUUUUCCAAGUGAUUCAGCUCAUUAUUUUAGUAGAGACUCCUGGGAACAAUCUGUGCCGGACAACUUUGGUCAGUUGGAAGCAUGUCCAGAAUCUCUCCAAGUAGCUUCAGCUUCCAACUGCCUUUCAGGUCAUGAGCCAGGAACCACUUCCCACUGUAGAAACCCCAACUGGAAUUUACCUCUCUCUGGAAUUCAGUCUUAUUCCUUCCACCCUCUCGAAGAUGUCCAUUACCCAGCUGUUUUCUCUGCCUCUUCAAACUCGCCCUUCUCCUCCUUCAUGGCUGCUGCAGCCAAUGAUCUCCCUGGGCUCAAAAUGCUUCCGGGAUCUUCUGAGGAGUCUUCAGAUACAGCUGCUCUCCAAGAUAGCAGUUCUUUCUGGCCCAAGGAAGACCCAAGUCCUCUCUGGGGGUCCUAUGAGGAUCAAAGGACUUACUGAGCAGAAAGGACAGCCAGCCAAGACUUUGUGUGUCUUUUAUUUAAGCCACUGCUACAAAUGCUGGAAGGUGAUUGAUCACUACAUUGGUUCAAAGCCAGAUCUCAUGUAGUUGAGACUUUCUUGCAAUCACAUCCAUAUCAUCCCAACACUAACAAUCAAAAGUAUGUUUUGGCAAGGUUGAGUUGUGUAUGGGCAAUCGUGGCUCAUGGAAACCCUAUUCUUAGCUUGCAGAAGAUGUUGAUGGAUCAAGGGGGAGGCCUCAGGAAGGAGCUGUGCCCAAUUAGCAUAGACAGUGCAGAGCGAACGGGCCAAAAAGUUGGGUUUGCACAUUCUGUUUAGCUACUCUCUGGUUUGUUGCAGCAUCUUGAGAAACUUACCUACUGUACUUUGUAAAUAUAUUUCACAGAGACGCCAUUCUCUGAUCAUUCUCUAUGUGAUCUGCCAUUGCCUAUAUCAGGGGUCUUAACCUCGGCAGCUUUAAGACUCUAUAGUGGCCCUUAAAGAUGGAGCCACAUCAAGAAAGCAAGCAAGUCGCCUUUAAAUCUGGCUUGAAUCCAGCUUCCCCAUCGCAAAAGGUGAUCACAUGACCCUGGGAUGCUGCAACUCUAAUAAAUGUGAGCCAGUUGCCAAGCAUUUGAAUUUUGAUCCAAUGACUGUGGGGA